CGCAUCGAUGAAUCCUCCUCUCACUCCCCUCUCACAAUCGGUUUCACAGGUCGCCCUUGCCCAUCGAGGAAGAGAAGACGCGAAAGGCUUCGGCGUUCGAUCUCCCACCUCUCCCUCCUCUCCUCGUCGCCAUGCUUUCGUUGGAUCGGACUUGCUUUCUGCGAUGCGACGAGUUGCUAGGCCCACUUCGGGCGCGCAGACAGCGGGUGGCUCUACCGUUUCCGGCGACGGUGCGGUGUCAGGCGAGGAGCGGAGGGGAGCUGAACGGGAGGAGAAUCGCAGUGGACAACACAAUCAAGAAGGUCGAGCCGAACUCGGUUGAACCUGUCGAAGACAUAGAGCACCAUGAUGGCUACAGGGAUGAACAAUUCAUGAUGCCGUGGACAGUCUCCGUCGCCAGUGGUUACACAUUGUUGCGGAAUCCACAAUAUAACAAAGGUCUUGCAUUCAAUGAGAAAGAAAGAGAUGCCCACUAUUUGCGAGGUCUCUUGCCUCCAACAUGUGUUUCACAAGAGCUUCAGGAGAAAAAGAUCAUGCACAAUCUUCGUCAAUACCAGGUACCCUUGCAACGUUAUAUGGCCAUGAUGGAUCUUCAGGAGCUAAAUGAGAAGCUCUUUUACAAACUCCUCAUUGACCAUGUGGAAGAAUUGCUUCCAAUUGUUUAUACGCCUACUGUUGGCGAGGCAUGCCAGAAGUACGGUUCUAUCUUUAGGCAUCCUCAAGGCCUCUAUAUCAGUUUGAAUGAGAAAGGAAGGAUUCUUGAGGUGCUGAGAAACUGGCCUGAAAGGAAUAUUCAAGUUAUUGUGGUCACAGAUGGUGAACGCAUCUUGGGUCUUGGGGAUCUUGGCUGCCAGGGCAUGGGAAUUCCUGUGGGCAAACUUGCUUUAUAUACUGCGCUUGGUGGAGUCCAUCCAUCCGCUUGUUUGCCUGUCACUAUUGACGUGGGGACCAACAAUGAACAGUUACUUAAUGAUGAAUUUUAUAUUGGGUUGAGGCGAAGAAGAGCCACUGGCCAAGAAUACACAGAGUUACUAGAGGAAUUCAUGAAUGCUGUGAAACAGAGAUAUGGAGAAAAAGUACUAAUUCAGUUCGAAGACUUUGCUAACCAUAAUGCAUUUGAACUCCUUGCCAAAUAUCGUAAAACACAUCUUGUCUUCAAUGAUGAUAUACAGGGCACAGCUUCUGUUGUUCUUGCUGGACUUUUUGGCGCUUUAAAAAUAGUUGGUGGAACAUUGGCAGAGCACAGUUUCUUAUUCCUUGGUGCUGGGGAGGCUGGUACUGGUAUUGCAGAACUCAUAGCUCUUGAAAUGUCAAAGCAGACAAAAGCUCCAUUGGAAGAGACUCGCAAGAAGAUAUGGAUGGUCGAUUCUAAGGGCUUAAUUGUGAGUUCACGCAAGGAUUCCCUUCAACACUUUAAGCAACCUUGGGCGCAUGAUCAUGAGCCUGUCAAUAAUCUUUUAGAUGCUAUCAAGGCUAUCAAGCCCACUGUUCUUAUUGGGUCAUCUGGAGUGGGAAAAACUUUCACAAAGGAAGUAGUUGAAGCGAUGGCUACUUUUAAUGAGAAACCCAUAAUUUUGGCUCUAUCCAACCCUACCUCUCAGUCAGAAUGCACUGCAGAAGAGGCAUAUACCUGGAGUAAGGGUCGAGCAAUAUUUGCUAGUGGGAGUCCAUUUGAUCCAAUUGAAUAUGAUGGAAAAGUUCUUGUGCCAGGACAGUCAAAUAAUGCCUACAUCUUCCCGGGAUUUGGCCUUGGGUUGGUGAUCUCUGGAGCAACCCGUGUGCAUGACGACAUGCUGCUUGCAGCCUCGGAAGCUUUAGCUCAACAGGUGACGCAGGAGAACUUGGACAAAGGAAUGGUCUACCCACCAUUCUCAAACAUUAGGAAGAUAUCUGCUCAUAUUGCUGCGAAUGUUGCAGCAAAAGCAUAUGAACUUGGAUUGGCGAGUCGGUACCCACAUCCCAAGGACCUGGUGAAGUACGCAGAGAGCCUCAUGUACAACCCUGUUUACCACCAGUAUAGAUAAUCAGACAAGAGCCAGCACUUCGUGCAUAUUAGCAGUCUAAUAGUAGUCAGUUGCAUAGUGCUCUGUGGGGGGCGGUGUUUUAUCAAUACAUUCGUUAACUUGGAGUUAAACUUGUGUUUUUUUUAAUUUUUUUUGACAACAGAAUUUAUUUAUGAUGGUAAGGCCUUUUGAGUGUUUUAUUUUGAUGUUUGAUGCCUCGAUGUCGGUACUUUUGGGACAAAUGAGAUGCCCUACUCAAGUGGUUUUUUAUAAUAUUUUUUAUGCUCC